ACUUCUUUUCCCCUGUGAAGAGUGCCCCGGUGCGAGCUAGGGCAGAACUUCAUAUUGCAAAGAAUUUCCUUUUCACAGGCGCCUCGACCUGUCGCUCUCUGCCGCUUGCUCACCGACCAUUUUUUUCUCUCGGGCUCCCCUUCCCAUUUUCCGCUCGUUUCUUUCCGUUCCUCCCUUUUCUUCGUCUCCCCUCUUCGCUUCUCGCCUCUGUUCCGCCGCUCUCCCCAACUCGUCUCUUCGUCUCUUCUUCUGCCGUUCUCUAUCCAUCCACCCGUUACCCGCGUCUGGUCAUCGCCUCACUGGCGGGUCCCUGGUUUCUUCCUCGACCUCGUUUCUUUUCGCUCGUUGGCUCACGCUCAACGUCAUCCUACACGCUGCCUGCAUGCUCCCAGGCAGGCCUAGCAAGUGGAAGUGCCAGCGGCCAAAAGUCCUCAUUUUCACCAGCCUGCGAUCCCAUCUCCUCGCCUUCUCGCUCGCUGGAGCGUCUCCCUCCAUGCAUGCAUCGUGGAGGUCGCCCUCGGUCCUCCUCCCGGUCGCCACCUGCAUUCCAUCUCCGUUUCGCGCAUCUUCUCGGUUCCACCGUGGCGGUCUUCUUUGCCUCUCGGUUGUUCUGCUUCGGGUGCCUACAUCGCACUGCGCUGCGUGAGUUGAUGCACCAAAGGCAUUCGGGGACUCUCUCGCUUGCCUCGCCGUCAGCAUCCUCUGCCUCUCUUCCGCGCGCAGACGAGCUCGACGACGCAGGGAGAACGGCUCGGAUGCUGAAUAGAGUUCCGGUCGUGAGAUGCGGAGACAACCAAGAUCUGCGGACUGCUGCACAUCCCCAUCCCUCUGGACUGCUGAAGAGAGCUGAAAGGCCUUCAAUCAGAAAGAGACAGAAGGCGAACCGAUGGUGGCCAGAGCCACAGACGGAGGAGACACCGGCGCCCCCGCAGGCUCGGAGACGCAUCCUGUCGUUCGCCUCGGCUUUCGGCCGGAUGGAAAACGGCGCCUCAGUGUGGUAUCGGGGCCUGCCUCUCUCUCUACGGGAGACGGCGCCCCUUCAGGCGAGAGUAGGCGAGGUGUGGGCGGCACCACCGGCGCUUCUCUGGCGGGCCAUGCCCCUGGGGCUCUUGCGCGGCAGGCGUCGAGUCUGAAUUCCGCGUCGUCUUCCUUCUCCUCGUUCGCUUCUUCUUCCGCAUUUCCAGCCUCCCUCCCUUUCUCAAGUUCUGCGAAUCGCCCCGGCUUUGCGCGGCCGACAGCGCGCGCCGCCUCAGGAGCCGGUCGCGCUUUGGCCGGCCGUCUCCUCGUGCGGGCCUUCUUCGACGACAUGAAGACCGUUAGCAUGCAGCGAAUAAAUCAGAAGAACGCCUUUCAAGUUGACCUCAUCGACCGCCUCGCCCUCGUCGUCCACCAGCAACUCGUCAAGACGGACAACGCCGUUCUCACGGACGGCACCGAUGGACAGGCGCCGGCUCUGCUCGACGGCGCCUCCUCGCCAGACCUCAGCAGCACCUCGGAACUCUCGCGAACCGGGAGAGGCGAAGAAGGCGAAGAAGGCAUUACCUUUACACAUGUCUCCUCGGCAGUGGAAGGCGCGACGCGCGUCUACGGCUACCGGGUCGAGGCUGUCUACGACCAGACGUACCAUGUACUGAACUUGAUGAGCUCCUCGCGACAGGGCCAGGGAGGCGAGGAUGCUGGGGACGGCGACGCUGCGGCGCAUCCGACUCGUAGGGGCCGCCACCACCAGCAGCUGGCCCUCUUCAAGAAAGGCGGAGCGAGCACACUAGCGCCUGCCUCCGAAAUCACAGAGUCGCAGAUCGAAAAAGACAGCUGUGUCGAUCCCUAUUUUCUGAAAAUCUCGGGCAUGUUUGACCAGGCAGGCGCGAAGGGGCUGCUCUUAGCAAAUCUGGAAGUGGAUACUUCCCUGCGAAUGAAACUCGACGGCGAAUGUCGAGCCUUCCCUACAGGCGUUCUGCGAAACGGCCGAGAGAAGGGCAACGCUGCGCGGGAGGAGACAGAGGCUAAUCACGCCCCGGAAGAGACGGCGGAGGUCGCGGAACCGAGUGUCGACUGUGCAUUUCUGAGAGAUCUCCUUUUGGCCGGGGAGACCCCCGCGUCGGUUCUCGCCCUCGACAUCUGCGAGAAACCGAUCGGUCACUUUCGCGAGCUUCUGCAGAGCCUACGGCGCGGUCGAGAUGUCAAGGCCGGCGACGCUCUCUCCGAAGCGGAAGAGGAGACGAAUGAGCUCGAUGUAGACGACGACAUGCUUGACGUCGACAUGCAAGGGACGACGCUGGGGGACAGCGGCUUCCAACAGGCAACGCAGGAAGACGAGGAACUUCUGAAAAUCGGCGAGAGUUACAUGGACGACGAGGCGGCCUCGGGCGGGCUUCGAGAGGUCCUGGAGGCGCAGGAAGCCGAAAGUCGAGAAGUGACUCAAGACGACGAACUUUUUGGCGACGGCGUGGACUUUUUCUGUGACGGGCAUGUUGGCGACGCAGACGACGACAGAGACGGCUCCUGGGAUCGGCCAAGAGGUGAAAUUCGAGAGCGAGAUGCCGAAGGCGAACGCAUUUUGUAUGAGGUAGCAGCCGAUGAGUCUAGCGCCAGCAGCUGCACGCACCCAAAGUCGUACUCGUUCGAUCGCCUCGUCCCCGCCUUCUCGCAGAUGCUCGGAGUGCCGGCUGGGGGGCAUGGAGCCCAACUAGCGGCGAAGCGGGCCUUCGGGCUGGUGCCUACCGCGGCGGGGUCGCAGGGGGGCGGAGACCCAGAGGGUCGCGAGACCGGCCGGCGGCGAGGCUCAGGGGAGGAGACUUCUUCCUCGGGGUGUGUUGACUUCUUUCCCCUCUCGGCUAAAGGCAGUGCCGCUGCUGUCGGGAGACCAUCAGCGCCGUCUGCGCGACUAACUGUGAAAGAGAGACAACUGAGAAAGCAAGAACAGUUCCGAGAAAUGCUGGAUCCUUUUCGCGUUGACAUGUCGAAUUUGGACACAAAGAGUGGAGGCCUGCCGCUCGGUUCCAAGUUCCAAUGCUAUGUUCCGAAGCCGCAGGAGAAUGUAACAGUUGCGUCGGACUUUACUUCCUCUCCAUUUCUACACUCGCCGCAUCUGCUCGUCUCUCUCGCAAUGGUUCCCUCCAAGGAGAUCCGUCUCCUCCGCCACACGGGUCCGUCUGUGGGCGACGGUUGGGCUCCAGACGGAGCCGGUAACUCCGGCGGGCGAGCGGGGCGAGAUCUCGGUCGCGGCGACAGCCAAGCGCCCGACGGACCGUGGGAAGCAACUUUCAUCGACGCAGGAGAUGACGGAGGACUCGAAGACGACAGUUUCUGGUCUGCCGCGGCCCAUGGGCCGCUGCUGAAAGAAAGCGCACUGGAAGCCGCAGACGCGAAGGCUCAAACGCUUUUGGAGGGCGGCGGGGGCCUUGACCGCGACUGGUCAGAUACAGCAUGGGCAGGAGGAGAGAAUGAUCAAGCUUCGUCGUACAUUGCCCACCUUUUCGAGCGGGGCGAUGCGGCGAGCCGCGGCGGCGCUGCGGGCCUGUCUCUGGGCGAUAUCGUCCUGCUGGCGGAGCCCCAGAAGGUUGGAGUUAGCGAACUUCGCCUGAGCAUUCCGUCGCGCUACGUGGACGUAGCUGUGGUGAAAAAGGCACUGAAAACUGCUCUGGGCGUCGUUCCAGAUUUCUCUGCUGACCAGGACGCAGAGAACUCGGCGCUCAGAAGAAAGCGGAAACGCGACAUGCUAACGGCCCCCGGCGAGGAAGAGCCCCAGGAAGAAGACGAUGUCGACAGCUGCCUAGACAGCGUAGACGGGGAAACAAAGGAACCGUGCAGAGACCUGGCGCUCUGGAAUCCCCGCGGCCGGCGCGACGGUAUCGAUUUCGAAACACUCUGUGCAGAGACGACGAGGAAGCUUCCGUCGACUGAGAAAGCGAACCUCUCCCCCCAGAUGUUGUUUGUCUGUCUCCUCUACACCUGCAAUGAAGAAACACUCCAUCUGGAACAGUCUGCAGACUUCUCGUCGUUUUCCGCCUUCGUGCAUGCGCCGACGGACUGGCACAUGCGCGACGACGCCGAAGCUGUCCGCGUACUGGACACUGUGAGGCAUUACACUCCCCUCGCGCUUCCUGCUGUCCCAGAGAAAAAGAAGAAAGAGACUCUCAGUCUCGAAGCUCCUUCUGCCGAAAGCGCCGCAGACGACGGCGGCGCGGCGGGAGACGCGGACGACGCGCAGAGUCCUGCGAAAAGGCGGGGUGCGCUGGGCGACGAAGAGAGGAGACAGAAACGAAGGCGGGAGGGCAGAGGAGGGAAGCACGAAGAAGGAAACCGGAAAGGACACAGAGACGAAGAGACGGGCAGCAAGAAGCGAAGAGGCAAGAAGCGAAGAAAGGAGGACAGCGACGAAUCUUCAGACGGAAGUGACGAUGAGGAAGCAGCCGCGAGCGAGGACAGAGACGGGAGUUGCUGAAAGCCCAAGACCCGCCAAAUGCCUCGACACUCGGUCUGCUGGUUUCGUGAGCAUCCCUUUCUAGCGUCGAUCCCCAAACCAGACGCCUUUUCGGAGACAAAAAAUGAAACACGAGCCGUCAUGCGUCACAUGGGAUUUGUGGCGUCCGUUGCCAUUCUUCGUAGAUACAUUCCUGCUUAUACAUACAUAUAUAUAUAUAUAUAUAUGCAUAUAUAUAUAUAUAUAUAUAUGUUUAUGUGACAUACGGAUGAUGUGAUUCAUACAUUAGCGGGAAAAGAGCGUAUGUUAAGACGCGCCUCUGUGUCUACUCUCUUUCGUGUCUGUAUGUAUGUUUAUUCUCAGCAGUGUGUCUGCGCGUAUACAGGGUAUGUGUUCAUGCCUGUAAAGGGAUCUCUGCAGGCCAUAAGUGGGCGUCCCGUAGCUACGUUGUUUUUCUCUACACUGCUCCGCGCGGCAAGAUCUAUUGUCAUUGACUUUGAUAGCUGCCGGGUUCGCUUGUCACAAAGAAGAUCGGGAAAUUUGGGGUCUGGAGUUUGGCGUUUUUAACGUAGGCUGUGUCCUUUGAUUUUGGCAUUGCUGCGUGUCAGCAAAGAACUUUUUUCCGUUUCAGGGGAAGCCCACAGUCUGAAACGUCGCCUGACAGCUUCUCUUGUGCGUGUGAUUGUCUCCACUUUUCCCCGUUUGUGCAUGCAUCCGCGGCGUUGCCCUCCUUGUGAACCUGCGCCGACCGCAGGCUUUUGCAGGGUGUGACUUCACCGUUCGUGGGCAUCUUACCCGCGUUCCAGUGCUUUUGUCAAGCGGGAUGGCUGCCCCCAUUUUUUUCUCCCCGUCGUGGAAGAAGAUGAGCCUUGUCGACUCUUGAAUCGUUUGCCCCAAAAUGGAAGCAACACGAGGAGUCUUCUCUGGAAUAUAAAACCUGAC